CCCCCCCCCCGUGCCUCAGGUAUCGAAAGCGGCCGGCAUCCAAUUUAAGGACCACGCGUCAAGAUUCUUCAGAAAUGUUUUUGGGGGAUCAACGGCGGCGGACUGCUGAAGGACGACUUACAGGAAUGUCAGAAAGAUCACCAACGAAUAUUCGGUGGGAACAAAGUUUUGAUGACAAAGGCUCAGCAACCGCAAAAGAUCAACCAACGAAGGACCUCGGAUCAACGUUGACACCAACAACGGAUCGAAGAGGACGACGGACCACGGCGACGGAAAAAACACCCAAGAACAACAAAGACCCUGACAGAGAGGAAACGGUCAACUGUAACUGAACCCUCCAAAAUAAAAGGCCUACACCGAAAGGACCGCCAAUCAUCUCAAAGCACUCGCGUGCGAUGGCGUUAGAGGACGUGUGUAAAUCCCGAGGCCUCGCCCCUUCCGCGCCCCUGUCGGACUUUUACGUCCCGGUUGCCGAGUGUCUUCGAGAAGAUCCCCCUUGGUCCGGCAGUCCGCAGAAUCCGCUGCCCUUCGAGAUGUCCCACGGCACCACCACCCUGGCGUUCACCUUCCAGGGCGGCGCGCUGGCGGCGGGGGACACCCGCUCCAGCUGCAACGGCCGGGUCUCCCGCCCCGACGCCCAGAAGGUGAAGCCCAUCCACAGCCACCUGGUGGCCACCAGCUCGGGCACGUCGGCCGACUGCGCCCUCUGGAAGCGGAUCCUGACUCGGGAGCUGCGGCUCUACCAGCUGCGACACGGCCGGCGGGUGUCGACGUGCGGGGCCGCCAAGCUGCUGUGGCGCAUGCUGCUCCCGUUCAAGGGCACCAAACUGUGCGUGGCCACCACGUUGUGCGGGUGGGACGAGAGCGGACCCGCCGUCUUCUAUGUGCACAGUAACGGCAGGCGCCUGCGGGGAACGCUGUUCUCCGUGGGCUCGGGCUCGCCUUACGCCUACGGCGUGUUGGAUCAAGCGGUGGAAUGGGGGAUGACGGCGGAGGAGGCCACUCGGGUGGCGAGGGAGGCGGUGUACAGAGCCACCCACAGGGACGCCUACUCCGGCAAUUGCGUGGACGUCUAUCUCGUCACCUCGACGGGGUGGACUCGCACGCGGCGGGAGGACUUAAAAGAAGAAUAUUACAGGGAGAGGAAAACCCGCCGAGGUGGAACAGGCUGAAUUCUGAAAAUGACAGGGGCUCUAAGCUCGUUCCUUGGGGGACCCCUAUCCAGCCUGUUUUCGAUGUCACUUUCUUCC